CACGCCUCCCGCCCGUCACUCACCGCUGCUUCACCUCAGCUGGUUGAUAACAUUUGAACGUCGCUCGUCUCAACAACACACAUAAGAGUAAGCAAAUCUGGAUGGUGUGGGUAAACCUAGCAUCAUGAUAUCAUGUGGAGACGCCCAAGAAUAUGUUCCUUUUGGGCGGGAAUAUCUCGGCUAUCACCCAGGAGAUGUGGGACUGCCUCCACCACGACCAAAUCCAGCACCUCCACACAUAGAUCUUUUAAGACAGCUCGAUACAGUCUCCAUUAAUGGCUCCAAGGAUUGGUGGGAAAUUCGUCACAGCACUGAUGGCUUGACAGAAGAAGAGUUAUAUGUGUGCGGACCAACAGUAGUAUGGUCACGAGGACAAGCUGGGAAUGCAGGGUCUCGUCAGGUCAUUAAGUGUAUGACCUGUGAUUCUUCAGUGCAGUAUGUAAUGUUUGCUACAUUCUACACUUAUCCUGACCAGCCUCCAUUGCUUGGGGAACCUGUCCCAGAGGAGCCAACAGGUGAACUCUUACCUAGUAUCUGUGUCGUGGAGAGUGACAGUUUGAAUGUCUUUACUGAAGAUGGGGAUGACUACUCUGUGGCCUUGCCAUUUCCGGUUCGGAAAGUGUGGCCGGUAAAGUAUGGGAUACUUCUUGAACGUCAGGUUCCAUCAGCUGAAAUAGCGUCUCCAAAACCAGAAGGAGAGCGACUGCCAACAUUCUACAGUUUACUGCAUCCACUAGAUGAAAUAAAUCCUCUUCUCUACAGAGCUGGUUACAGUGGCACUGCUCGACCUGCCUACAUGAGUGACUUGUCUCAACAAGCUGUGUUCAUGUCAACAGAUCCUUCCAUAUGUAUUCUCUACAACUCCAACAACAACAGCCAUACUAUAUGGAAAAUACGUAGAGCAAAACUGGAGGAAAAUAACUUGGUACUUCAAAGCAGUGUUCAAGCCAGUUUAAGUAAUACUCCAGUGUCCUCUGUACUCUCCAACCCUGGGUCAUUUGCACAACUGCAUUCCUAUUCACACAGUCAUUCUCUUUCUCAAAGCCACUCCCAUGUUACUUCUCCUGCUGCUCAAAUAUCUUCCCAUUCACCAACUCCAACAAGUUCUCGUACAAGAUCUAGCAUAUUCCCCAAUAUGCUGACCACGCCGAAGACACAGCAUUCUCAGACACCCAGGAACCAUAUGGCAACCCUCAGCCGAACUCAGUCACCAUCAUUGUUUGGAGGACAGCAUUUAAGGCUAGCUAUGAGUCCUUCUCCAGCUCGAUCACCUGGACCACGCACACCCCGAACAUCACAGCAUACUUUUCUUAAUGAGACCUUAGUUGAGCCAGAACCCUUGGUGCCUGAUAUAUGUUUAGAUCACCUAUGGACAGAUCAUUCACUUGCCCGAGCCACUAAGGCUUUCCUGACAGAGGACAGUGUUGGUCAAAGAUAUCUUUGUUUAAUGCUGUCCCAGGCAGGAAUGCUUCGCUGCAUUAAAUAUGAUUAUACCAAUGAUCAAUCUAGUUUGGUCUUUGGUUCUGUAUGUUCUAUACCUGCCAAAGAUGCAUUACCAAUUAAAGCCCUCAAAAUGAUGAUUGUUGUGGAUGGAAGUAGCAGUCUAUCCCUCUACACAGGUUCUGUCCAUGUGAGUCGUAUUAAUCUUUGCGGAUUACCAACCUUUAACUCCUCACUCUUCAAAGAUUUUUCAUCAUUAAACAUAUCAUCUAGGCUUCAGAGUCCAGCCACUACACCACUUCGUCGAUCAAGUCUUCUCACGUCAAGCAGGCCAACUUCAGCUGCGGAUGCAAAGUUUGAAAUAGGUCUUUCUCCAGUUGUUACUGAAAGGUCCCACAUGGAUGGCUCCUUCAGUGAUGAUCCAAAUUUACCAGUGUCUUCUGCCAUUGUGUCCCUAAGAGAUCCAACUGAUACUCGGGUUACAUUAGAGCAUGCCAAUGGAAAUUUUUAUAGAAUAACUCUCCCUGACGUUACAUCCUCUCCGGUGGUGAAGCAAUCUUUAGCUGCACUCAAACAUGUUCUUCCCCGAGAUGCAGCUCUUCAGUUGGUCAACAAGUGGUAUGCAACCAGGAAUGCCCCAGGGUCUGGUGACUUUUCCCCUCAAGGGGAAUGGACUAUGUUUUCAAUGAUGCUGUUAUCCAUGAUAGGCUAUGACACAGACAAACUAGCUCUAACAUGUCCAGUAGAAGCCUCUGACUCAUGUAGUACUCUUGUGGCUACUAAGAAGUUUCGUGCUGCUGAGAGUGGUUCAGAUAAUGAUUGGGAGUAUAUGUUAUCUUCGUCAUUUCACAUGGCUGCUGGAAAUAGUCUGAGUGAAGUUUUAGGUUUACAGAAAGUUGGUGUGAUGCAAAAGCCAAAAGAAGUUAAUAGGGGUACAGUACAUACAAAUGCACCUCUGUUUUCCCAUUUCCCAUCAAUUCUUUUUGCUCUUCAUUUGGUUUAUGAAGACUUCAAGUUAAAUACUUUACAUUGGGAGUUUUGUAGUUUACUGGUUACAUGUCUGGAUCAACUAGCCUCAGAUUUACGACUUAAUCAGUAUCUCCACCACUAUUGGAGAGAUUUUCCCACUGUGUGCCCUUUACAUGGUCCACCCUCACAGGUACCACUGCAAGAGUCACAAAAGCUGACAUACCCAGGUUACUUCACUGAGAACCCCCCUAAUGUACUAGCUCACUUAUACACAAUAAUGGGAAGCAUUGAACCCGAGCCUUUUCCAUUCAUCCCACAAGUCUGCACUACAACCAAAAACUUGAUUCUGCUAUACUCAGUAGCAGCAGCAGAUUGUGGCUUACAGAAUAUACCCUUGGAGCGAUUUUUGAGGCACAUCAACCCAAAUAAUCCAAAACCAUUUGUGUCAGCUAAUCUGACACUGAAUUUUCAGUUUUGUUGUGAAGCUAUUCCCAAAAUUCAUGAAAAGAUUGUUCUCUUAACAGAUCAACUUGGAUUAACAGUCCGAGACAUUCAACUACUCUCUCCCGGGGUAUCAUUAGUUCUAAUGAAUGCACAGCACAUGUGUCGCACUUGUCCCCCACAGGACUGGCCUGCCUCAGCUUACCACCUUAUCCACAGACCUGAUCUUGUUGCUCACAGGGAAGAAGCUGCGAAAAACGAAAGUGUCAGUGGAAAAAAGUCAAGAGAUCCAUUUAAUAUAAAAGUGAGAAUGCAAGAGGAAAAGAAAGUGUCACAGGCAUCUAAAGAAGAAGAAGAUGGAAUGGAAACCUUGGAUAUGGACAUGCUGGCACUUAGGUGGCGCGAAGAUCAACGCAUAACUGAAGUACAACGCAUGUUUUGCUCGUCCCGUGCCGUUACGAUUAACAUUGUUCAGCGACCAGAAGUAUCAGAUCAUGAUUUCCUUGAAGAACAAGAAAGACAUUUAUAUGCCCUCUGCAUCAGGACAAUGUCACUUCCUAUUGGUCGAGGUAUGUUCACUCUAUUCACCUCUGCUCCAGUAAUUACAGAAACUCUUCCAAUACCUAAACUCAACCUAUCUGGUAGAGCUCCACCAAGAGGAACAACCAUUGAUCUUUCUAAUAUUGAAGUGCCUCCAAACAUGGAUAUGUGGCCACAUUUCCACAAUGGUGUUGCAGCUGGACUCAAAAUUGCUCCUAACUGUGGAGAAAUAGAUUCAACUUGGAUUGUAUACAAUAAACCUAAGGGAUCUUUGGAUAGCCCAACUGAACAUGCAGGCUUUCUCAUGGCCCUUGGACUGAAUGGUCACCUUCGGAACCUUGCAACUGUUAAUAUGCACGAUUACCUAGCUCGUGGACAUGAAAUGACUUGUGUUGGUCUUCUGCUUGGGAUAUCUGUAGCUAAACGAGGAACAAUGGAUAUCCAAACUACAAAACUACUCAGUGUACACUUAGAAUGUCUUUUGCCACCCACAUCAACUGAGCUGGAUGUUCCUCACACUGUUCAGGUUGCAGCCAUAAUUGGAGUUGGUUUAGUCUACCAGGAUACAGCUCAUCGUCAUAUGGCAGAAGUUCUCUUGCAAGAAAUUGGUCGCCCUCCCGGUCCUGAAAUGGAAAAUUCAAAUGACCGAGAAUCCUAUUCCUUGGCAGCUGGGCUUGCACUUGGUUUAGUGCUAUUUGGGAGAGGUGGGGAAGCUGCAGGGUUUACUGAUCUGAACAUUGCUGGAGAACUGUAUCACUAUAUUGAAGGAGGGCAUAAGAAACCACUUUUUGGCAUCCACAAAGAUAAAUAUAAAUCACCAAGUUAUCAAAUAAAGGAAGGUGAUUGUGUGAACAUCGAUGUUACUGCUCCAGGAGCCACCUUAGCUUUGGGGAUGAUAUAUUUUCAAAGUAAUAAUAAAGCCAUUGCAGAAUGGAUGGUUUCACCGAGCACGCCCUACCUAUUAGACCAGGUACGACCUGAUUUCUUGCUCCUGCGCACAGUUGCUCUUGGCCUUAUCAUGUGGGAUGCAGUGAUGCCAACAUCUCACUGGAUUGAGAGCCAUGUGCCUAUGACUGUUCUUACUCAUGUUCAUCGAGGUGGAAAUCACUCCACACCGGGAAUAGAUUAUGAAUCUAUGCAUCAGGCCUACUACAACAUACUAGCUGGUGCUUGUAUGGUCAUAGGAUUGAAGUUUGCUGGGUCUGGCAACAGUGAGGCUUUCCAAAUUUUGUGGAAGUAUACAAGAAUGUUCACCAAUUUCACUAAGAGGAGUGUAGCAGAACUUGCGGGGAAAUCAACCAUAGAAACUUGUCUUAAUGUGAUUCUACUAAGCCUCUCCAUGGUAAUGGCUGGAACAGGGGACCUCGAUGUACUUCGUAUCAUCCGGUACCUCCGCUCCAGGGUGGGGCCGUCUAACUCCACUGUUGGAUAUGGUUCCCACUUGACAAUCCAUAUGGCAUUAGGCUUCCUGUUUCUGGGUGGCGGUCGCUUCUCCUUAGGAACUUCUAACAUGGCCAUUGCUGCUCUCCUCAUUGCGUGUUUUCCCAAAUUCCCAACACAUUCAAAUGAUAAUCGUUAUCAUUUACAAGCUCUGAGGCACCUCUAUGUUUUAGCAGCCGAGCCAAGGCUACUGAUGCCUGUUGAUGUAGAUACUGGAAGACUCUGCCAAGUUAAUGUUACAGUCAGGUUCAGUGACACGCAUCAGUACAAGAAUCAAUCAUAUGAUGCCAUGGCUCCAAUUAUGUUACCAGAAUUAUCAAAACUGUCUCAAGUUAUCAUAGAAGGUGACACCAGUAGCCAUCGUUAUUGGCCCGUCAGGUUUUCUGCACAUAAUAGAACCUGGUCUGUCCUGGAAACAAUAUUAUGUUCGGGGGAAGGCUUAGCAGUUAAGUUAAAAGAUGGUCGUUACCCAUACGGUGAUGCUCCUUCAGGCUUCCAAGUUCAGCUGGCCCACCUGCUCACACAAGACAAGUCUGCUCGUUGGACAAUUAAGGGGUCACUGCUGGAGGAGGUGAGUGGGUGUUCAGCAAGACUUGUUCGCACCCUGGUUGGUGGUUCUUCUCCUGUGCCAUCCUCCUCUUCCACUACCUCCUCCUCCUCUCCUACCUCUUCAUCAUCCAAGGUUUCUUCUACUUUGUCAACUGCUGCCCCAGCAUCAUCUACCAGACCAGAUGAGGGAGAGGCAGCAUUUACUCAGGCAUUAGUUACAAUUAUAUAUGAGUAUCUGUCUGUAGGCAAGCCUCAAGCUAUCACCAACUGGCUAGCAGCUCUACAGGGUGUUAGGCGAGUGUCAGUUCUUAGUCAAAGAGCAGGACUGUUACUGUGGCAAGUUAAAUUAAUAGCCCGUGCUGCUCAUUUCCUUCAUUGCCUCUCUCGCAUAUCAACGGAAACAUCUCCAUCAAUUGAGGAGAACAAUAGCGGAGAACCCAGUCCUCUGGUGUCAGCAGAGCAAGCAUUAUCACUUAAUAAGCGGCUAGAGUUACUUACUGAUACCUGGCUUGAAGAAGUAUGUGAAGAAAUUGUGCGUUACCUGCGAGGAGAUACAGAAAAGCAGUAUUCAGCAAAAUGUGCAUUUACACUUGUAAUGCGAGAUCUUCCCUCUCCUGUUAAUAUUCAAGGGAUUGAAGGAUGCUCAGAUCCACUGUCUUUACUUGGCAUUUUGCACAAAGCCAAGGUACCAGCUGUUGCAAUAUCUGCACUUGCAAAGAUACUCUUCCAGUCUUGUACGUAAUCUUCAUUUCAGUAAGUGUAACAUAUUUUAUUUUGUGAUGUAUCAUUUUAUUCUAAAAUUUUAUAAAAUCAGUAAUAACAUCACUGACAUUAAUUGAUAAGUCAAAACAGUGGUUGAUACACCAAUUAAGCUCUCUUGUUAUUAUGCUUCAUAGUUUAUAAAGUAUAUACUGUACUGUAGUAUUGUACCUUCAUUAUACAUUACUGUAGUGUGAAGGUACAGUAUUACAGUUCAAAGAAUAAACUUCAAGGCAUAAGCUCAUUGAUAAAUGGAGACAUUUUAAGCAUUGUGAGAUGUAAUUUCACAGAUUUAUUGCAAAGAAGUAUUAAAAAAUAACUUUAAAAAAGCCAUUUUGUCAUUAACUGAGGUUUAAAAAAAAAGUACAGUAUAAUGUAAAAUUUUGAAUAAGUUUAAGACCAUUUGGUGUGUAAUGUAAAAUAUGUUUACAUUACAUUGUUGAAUUGCUUAUACAGGUAUUAAAUGUGAGAUGCUGUUAUAAUUUUCUAUACUUUUUAUAAUUAAAUGCUAAUUUAAAUAAUUCAUUUUUAUAAACCCAAGUCUAUUAACUUGAUUUUUAAAAAUCUACAUCUCCAAAAUAAUGUAGAUCACAUUAGCCCACCUUCUGCUAAGAAUACCCAAACUUCCCUUUGAUGAACAAGUACUGUAUCCUUAUAAAAGGUUGGAAUAGCACAGUUGCUCCAGCACCAAAUUUCAAAUUUCCUGCUGUGCCUAGGUUGGUGAGUUUUAGGAAACACAAGUGAUAAACCCAUUAGCCAGAACAACUGGUGCAAAGUUCUUCUGGAGAUGAGAGAUUUCUGGGUAACGAGACAACAAUUCUCUUAAACCUGGAAAAAUCCCACAUCACCAGAAUUUUUCCAGUUACAGUAUCCUGUACUGGGGAAAGUUUUCUGGAAUUUUCCAGAAAUUGCACAUUAUUUCAUCCUUGGAAUUUGCUUCCAGACCCUGGGAAAAUAUUGGAGUGUUAUAAGAAUUUUAUCUCCUCAGAAUUUCCUGCCUGCUCCCCACCCACACAAAAAAAAAUUGAGCUAGUUUCUGGAAUUUUCCCAGAAUUGUUCAGAAUUAGCAUACACAUUACAGUAUUUCAUCCUUGGAAUUUGCUCUGGUAUUUUAUUCAUUAAAAAUAUUUAUCUUCAAUCUUCAUUAUAAAAAAAAAGGUUCUAAAGUAAAGUAUUAUAAAACAUGAAAAAGCAUCAUACAGAAUUUAACAAUUUAUUUAACCAUUUUGUUAACAUUAUGCAAUAUUUAUCCUCAUAAGUUAUUUCUAUAACUAAAUUUCUGAAAGGUUACAGAAAUGUAUAUCAAUUUCUGGAUUUUUGAAGAACAUGAUGCCAAAUAAAAAAUAAAAAAGCA